UCCCAAACGCAACAACUUGUUCGCUCUCAUACGAUUUAAAUAGAGAAAAAUUAUUAAAAUGUAUCCUAUAACGCUCCGUGUCUGUACGCUUCAGCUUUAAUUGUCGCUUAGUGUUUUUGUACUGUAUUUUAAUUCGUCGGUUUAACGUUCGCCGAAAAGAAAAUGGCGGAACGCUCUCGGGAAUAGCUCGCGUCGGGUUUUGUAGUAUCGAGGUAUGACAGUGUGAACUCUUUGAUCGGACCGCGUUAGUGGAAGGACUAGGCAAUCGAUAGUAUGCUGAGUCGUUCGUAGUUUGCUGGUUGUAAUCUAGUGGAAUACCAGUAGGCUACCGUCACCGAAGCCGCCAUGACCACGGAGACGGCUACGCCGAACCAGGCGGACGCCAGCACCGCGUUCCUACGCGCCGCACGCGCAGGCCAAAUCGACAAGAUCAUCAGCCUGCUUGAGCAAGGAGUUGAUAUCAACGUUAGCAAUGCUAACGGCCUGAAUGCCAUCCACCUUGCCUCCAAAGACGGUCACGUGGAGGUGGUACGAGAACUACUCCAGCGUGGAGCAGCCAUUGAUGCAGCCACUAAGAAGGGGAACACAGCGCUGCACAUCGCUUCCCUGGCCGGCCAGGAGGCUGUGGUCCGCUUGCUAGUGCAGAAUGGAGCUCAAGUAAACAUCCAAUCCCAAAAUGGGUUCACCCCACUAUACAUGGCGGCGCAAGAAAACCACGAUGGCGUGGUUAGGUUCCUGCUCGCCAAUGCAGCUAACCAGAGUCUGGCUACAGAGGAUGGCUUCACACCCCUGGCAGUUGCCAUGCAGCAAGGCCAUGAGCGAGUGGUAGCUGUUCUGCUUGAAGCCGACACCAGAGGAAGGGUUCGGUUACCAGCCCUCCACAUAGCCGCUAAGAAAGAUGAUGUUAAGGCGGCUAAUUUGCUAUUGGAGAACGAACACAACCCAGACGUAACAUCAAAGUCUGGUUUUACACCACUCCACAUAGCGGCUCAUUAUGGCAACGAAGCCGUUGCUAGGCUUUUACUGGCAAAAGGAGCUGAUGUCAACUGUGCUGCUAAACAUAAUAUAUGCCCGCUGCAUGUUGCUGCCAAGUGGGGCAAAGACAACAUGGUGUCCCUGCUAUGUGACAACGGGGCGAACGUUGAGGCCCGAACUCGGGAUGGCCUCACGCCACUGCACUGCGCUGCAAGAUCCGGCCAUGAUAGAGUGGUGGAGGCUCUGUUGGAUAGAGGAGCACCUAUCACUAGUAAGAGCAAGAACGGUCUAGCGCCCCUCCACAUGGCGGCGCAGGGAGACCAUUCGGACGCCGCGCGUGUACUCCUCGCGCGCAGGGCACCAGUUGAUGACGUCACUGUGGACUACCUUACUGCUCUGCAUGUGGCCGCCCAUUGUGGGCACGCUAAAGUCGCUAAACUUUUGUUGGACCGAAAUGCCGAUGCCAACGCCAGAGCCCUGAACGGAUUCACACCUCUGCAUAUUGCCUGCAAGAAGAACAGAAUUAAAGUUGUUGAAUUGCUGCUGAAGUAUGGUGCAAGUAUCCAAGCAACCACAGAGUCAGGGCUGACACCGCUCCACGUGGCGUCCUUCAUGGGCUGCAUGAACAUCGUGAUAUACCUGCUGCAGCAUGAGGCCAACCCUGACGUGCCCACUGUGAGGGGAGAAACGCCUUUGCAUCUGGCUGCUAGGGCCAAUCAGACGGACAUAAUCCGCAUACUCCUGCGCAACGGAGCGGCCGUGGAAGCCAAAGCCCGUGAGAAGCAGACACCCCUCCAUAUUGCCUCCCGCCUCGGCAACGUUGAUAUUGCUGUUCUGCUGCUGCAGCACGGCGCUGACGUUCGCGCGAACACUACUGACCAUUACAACGCGCUGCACAUUGCAGCAAAACAACAUAAUCAUGACGUCGCAGCUGCAUUGAUCGAACAUAAUGCACCAUUGACUGCGACCACCAAGAAAGGCUUCACUGCUUUGCAUAUAGCUGCUAAAUAUGGGAACCUAAAGGUGGCAAACCUUCUUCUGGCCAACGGCGCGUCACCGGACCAGGCAGGCAAGAACGGCAUGACCCCGCUGCACGUUGCUGCCCAAUAUGAUCAGCAGGCUGUUGCUAACACACUGCUGGAGAAAGGAGCUGAUGCUAAGGCAAUAGCUAAAAACGGUCACACACCGCUACACAUCGCGUCUCGUAAGAACCAAAUGGAGACAGCGGCGACACUGCUCGAAUACGGAGCUCUUACUAAUGCGGAGUCCAAAGCUGGAUUCACGCCACUGCAUUUGGCUGCCCAACAGGGUCACGUGGAAAUGUGCUCGCUGCUCUUGGAGCAAGGCGCUGAGGCGGACCACCAGGCGAAGAACGGUCUGGCCGCGCUGCACCUCGCCGCGCAGGAGGACAGAGUACCGGUAGCCCAACUGCUUGUGAAGAAUGGAGCGCAGGUGGAUAUCUGCACUAAAGGCGGAUACACACCGCUGCAUAUCGCCAGCCACUACGGGCAAGCGAACAUGGUGCGCUAUCUGUUGGAGAGUGGCGCAUCAAUUAAAGCGCAGACUUCUCAUGGUUAUACUGCCUUGCAUCACGCCGCGCAGCAAGGCCACAUUAACAUCGUCAAUAUCUUAUUGGAGCACAAAGCUGACGCUAAUGCUACUACUGUGAACGGCCAAACACCCCUGGACAUAGCGUCCAAACUUGGCUAUGUGACGGUUAUGGAGACACUCAAGGAGGUAUCGGAGCCAUCUCUAGCCCCUGCAUCACAGGACAAGUACAAGGUGGUGGCCCCGGAGACCAUGCUGGAGACAUUUAUGUCGGAUUCCGAGGAGGAGGGAGGUGAAGACACAAUCCUCAAUGAUCAGCCGUACAGAUACCUCACAGCUGAUGACAUGAAGUCCCUCGGCGACGACUCUCUACCUAUUGAUGUAACCAAGGACGAGAGAACGGAAUCUGCCAUGAGUCAUAAGAAUAUUAUGGAAAUUUCUCAGGGAUCCGUGAACGGGCUAGGCUUCCAGCCGCAAAGCGAGGUGGUGGUGAAGAGCAUCAGCCGAUACAGCACUGCGCAUGCGCCAGAAGGCUACUGUUAUAACGUCGAUCCUACGUUACCUAAGAAAAAGUUACAAUGGAAGAAUUUCCUGGUAUCGUUCCUGGUGGACGCGCGGGGCGGGGCGCUGCGCGGGUGCCGGGGGGGCGGGGUGCGGGUCAUCGUACCGCCGCUCUCUGCUCAGCAGCCUAUCAGGAUCACUUGCAGAUAUUUGAAGCCAUCCCGUAUAAACCACAUGCCACCUCUGAUGGAAGGAGAAGCUUUGGCUGCAAGAGUAUUGGAGAUGGGACCUGUUUCUGCCAAAUUUUUGGGGCCCGUAAUACUAGAAGUGCCGCAUUACGCGUCGCUACGCGGCAAAGAGCGCGAGAUCGUGAUACUGCGCUCGGACAACGGGAGCAGUUGGCGGGAACACAACGCGGACGCUACUGAUGACGUAGUGCAGGACAUAUUGAAUGAGACGCUGGAAAUUGAAGAUACAAGUGAGGAAGAGAGGAGCUGGGAAGCAGCGCGGGUCACACGCAUUCUGACCCACGACUUCCCUCAAUAUUUCGCUGUGAUAUCACGUAUACGACAGGAGGUUCAUGCUAUUGGACCUGAAGGUGGCAUGGUAUCCAGUUCAGUUGUCCCGCAAGUGCAGGCCGUCUUCCCGCAAGGUGCUCUCACCAAGAAGAUCAAAGUGGGCUUACAGGCUCAAAUAAUUGAUUCUGAGCUGACUGCCAAACUAUUGGGCAGGGGAGUGGCUGUGUCUCCUGUGGUGACAGUAGAGCCAAGACGAAGAAAAUUCCACAAAGCCAUAACACUGAGCAUGCCGGCUCCACGACCUCAUACCCAGGGAAUGACGAAUCAAUAUAGUACAUCAUCAGCUCCAACAUUAAGAUUACUUUGCUCCAUUUCAGGUGGAACAAAUCGCGCUCAUUGGGAGGACGUUACGGAAAAUACGCCAUUGACAUUCGUGAACGAUUGCGUAUCUUUCACGACAACCGUGUCUGCUCGGUAUUGGCUCAUCGAUUGCCGGCAUGUUGAAGAUGCUACGAAAAUGGCAACAGAGUUAUACAGGGAAGCAAUUCACGUACCAUUUAUGGCCCGUUUUGUGGUAUAUGCUAAACGUACAGAUGAAACACAAGCUCAGUUGCGAAUGUUCUGUGUUACUGAUGAUAAGGAAGAUAAAACUUUGGAACGUAUAGAACGGUUCAUACAAGUUGCUAAGAGUCGAGAUGUUGAGGUGCACGAAGGCAAACCAAUUUACCUUGAAUUCGGUGGGAACCUGGUCCCCGUGGCCAAGUCCGGUGAACAGCUGUCCAUACCGUUCAGAGCAUUCCGGGAGAACCGGGUGGCAUUCCCCGUGAUGAUCAAGACCCAGGAUCUGGAGCCGAUCUGCCGCUGCCAGUUCAUGAGGGACCCGAAGGUUCCGAAAGGGGAACCGUCGCCAACACCGAUUGCCGUGCUUAACAUCAUGGUGCCAGAUGACAUCCCAUCUGAAAGGAUAUCACCAAUUCAAUCGGACACAUUGCCGCGACGCACUGAAGAGCAGGAGCUAAUAUGGAGACAGAGGCUCAGUGACCCUAGGCUUGAAGACAUCUGUACCCUGCUAGGAAAAGACUGGGUAGCGUUAGCCUACGAGCUAGGAGUCAGCGUGGCUACGGUCAACCAGAUCCAAGCGAAACGCAUCACAGCAGCAGAGCAGGCUCAGUUGAUGCUUAAGUUGUGGAAGACACAGUCUGGAACUAAGGCUCAAGAUAACUCGUUAGAGUUGGCUUUAUGCCGUAUCGGUAGAGAUGACAUUAUUGCACCACAAUCAGAGGGCACCAAUGAGAGACGUAUCCUACGUAAUAUUUAUCAAGAGAGACAAGAAUCUGAAGAAAUUGAGGCUUACAAAGCUGAAGAAGACAAUAAACUGAAAGAAACAAUCGAUGAUAGUCAUAUAUCUGAACGCAUGCGCACUGAAGAUCUCGACCAAGAUGAGGCUAAAUAUUCACCCGAAGAGAAAUCUGUCGUUGAUAAGAGUGAAGUUGAGAGAACACCUACACCUAGUGAAGAGAGUGAGGAAGAUGAAGAUGUCAAACGUAGCGUGGCAGAACGCAAACAGCAAAUAACUAAAAAAUUGAGUUCAAGUAAAAUACCCGCAUCUAAACAAAAGAAGGAAAUAAGAGAAGAAAUAAUUGAAAUUAAAACACAAAUUAAACCUGAUAUUAAGAAAUUCCAAGAUAUAGAACAACAGGUAAAAGAAAAAGAACCUAAAUUAGAGAGAACACGUUCUAAAACCUCUCCUGAAACUACUGAAGUUGAAGAAACUGAAGUUCUAAAAGAAGUUCGAGAGGAAAAGAAGGAAGAAAUUAAAGAACAUAAGGUGGAACAAUUCAGAAAAUUCGACCCAUCGUCUCCUGCAAAACCAACCCCUAAACAUUUGCAAAGGCAUAUGCGUAACGAUUCCAUGCGUUUUCCAUCGGGUGAUUUCUCAAAUAUAGUUAUUACACCGAAAAAAUCUUUAACGUCCGAAACUAUUGAAAUCAAAACGGUAGAAACAAAAGACUCAUUUUCUAAAGAUGUUAUUUCUCAAAAAGAAAUUGAUAGUGCAAGAGUUGCUGAGAAACUUGAGGACGGAGAAAAGUCACCCGAACUCGUUAUGGAAGAGAGAGAUGUUGCGGAGGCUACUUUAAAAGAUAAAAUUAGUGUUUUUGAAACAAAGAUAUCGAAGGAACCACAAAUAGAUACUACGAAAACUAUCAAAUUAACUAGAGAAGCUUUGAAAAAGCACACAAUGGAGCAUGACCAAGCUGUAGAAUAUACUCAAGAAUUUGUAAGAGAGCAGGCAAAACAAAUGGAAACACAACAAGAAAUAGAAACACAAGAAAUUCACAAAGUUUCCGUUGAAUCUACAAAACAUACCGAAGUUGUUAAAUCUGUCAAAGAGACGAUACAACAAUUUGACUCAAAAAUUAAAUUUGAAGAUAAAUCAAAAUCUUUUACAAAAUCAGCAAGGACGGAUUCAACAAUAGUCCAAGUAUCUUCUGAAGAAGAUAGUGAAUUUUUAAAGAAAUCUACCGACUCUGAAACGGAAACUGAAUCUCAAACAACUAUUAAAGCUGAGAAGGAUAAAUUAAGAAAGUUUGAUCUUGGGAAACAAAUAUUUGACAAAAAAUCCGAACUAAAGAAUGGUCUUGAUAGAAAAGACGAUCAUGACAAGAAAGACGAUGACGACAAAAAAGGAGCUGGAGCUAUUUCUUUCAAAGGAAAAACUUUAGAAAAACAAUUGACUGAUGAGUUGCGUAGUAAAGUAAGUGACGAAGAAAUCACAGAAACGUUUGAAGAAAAGGAUGUGUCUAUGGAUGAUAGGUCGAAGGAAAAGAUUGAAACUCAAUCAGUAACAAGUGCAAAAUCGGAAAUAAGCAAAACAAAAACAGAUUCUCCUGGCUCUGAAAUACAAAGUAAAUUAACACAAGAGUCGCCAUCUGCAGCUGAAAAGGGGGACUCAUUGGCGGAUUUACAACAAAGUACUGAAAGGGACAUUAGUUUUGUAUCACAGACAGAAUCCAAGGUCUAUUCUAAGCACAGAAGCGAUUCAUUAGAUGAAUCAUCACAAUUUUCUGAUUUGGAAGAUCAAAUUGGAAUGAGUCCUGCUCAUAAGCCAACGCUAGACAAACAAGUGGAGGAACCGGAAGAAGAGAUAGCUGCAAUCAAAAUUGAAUCAUCAAAGCAUCAAACCCAAGAAUUUUUAAAAUAUGAGACUGAAUAUACCUCUCGUAGUCAUAUUAGUACAGUUAGCCAAAAGGAGCCUGAAAAGGUCCCUCUUAAAGAAUCACCUGUUAUUAGCGCAAAGGCUCGUCAAUUUAUAGAAACGGUCCCAGAAGAUGAUUCAGUUCAAGAAUGUUUCUUCUCCAAACGUAUUUACUCAGACUCUCUUGAAGAUUCUGAACACACAGAUUCAAGGCGUCAUUCAGAAGCAGAAUCCUUAAAAUCAGAUCAGUCUGAUAUGAAAGCAAAGGUUUCAUCCUCUGAUUUCGAUGAAAGAGCAGAAUAUGAAGAAACAGCCGAUUCAGGAAGUGGUUUCGGUGAUGAGAAAUUUGAAGAAAGUGUCGGAUUUACGUCUAUGAGGAUUGAUCCAAAAGUAAUAGAUUCCGAUAAACAAAGUACGGAAACAAGAGAAGAAAAAGACGUGGACGUGAUAUUUAAGAAAGUUACACCAAAAAGACAUUCGAGAACUGAAUCUGUUUCAAUAUCUAAAUUGAGUGAUUUAAUACCUGAUUCUGAAUCAAAAAAAUCAAAACAAGAGUUUCAAAUGAUUGUAACUGAAGCUGAAGAAACAGAUCAUUCGUUUGAAAAAGACGAAGCUUCCGAUAAAAUUUCUUCAGAAAGCAGUCGAGAGAUUGAAAUUUCUGAUAGAAAAUCAUCUGAAGGUAUCUCUGAUAGAAUAAGUUCGGAAGAUGCUGUUACUGAUAAGAAAACAUCGUCCGAAGAAGAAGGACAAAAAGUUAGUGAUCAUGCACCAGAUAAGACAGAAACAGCAAAAUCGGUUAAGGAUAUGAUAAAAGAUAUUGAGAAAACUGAUAUUUCCAUUGAUAAAGAUGCAAAACGGCAAUCUAUAAUAUCCGCAGAGUCGGGAUCUGUAAGUGAACUUCGUUUGGAAGAAAAACGGCCAUCAGAUGCUAGGAGUUUAACAGAAUCCAGAGAUUAUACGUUUGAAGAAUCCGAAGAUGACAUUAGAACGCAAGGAACUCACGUCGAUUAUGUAAAAGACAAAGUGGACGUUAAAGAAGUUGAAAGCAAGAAGUCAUUGGGCAAAUCAGACGCAUCUAAAGUUGCAAAACUUAUACAUGGUGAUUCACUUGAUGACGUAGAAGCUUUCCCGGAAGAUCAUGUCGCUGACUACGUUCACAAACUUCCACAUAUUGCUGAGAUCAGUUCUGAUAAAUUUAUAACAGAUAAAUUUUUGAGUAACGAACGCGAACAACAGUCCAUACGCGAGAGUAAUGUAAUUAUAACAAAACCAUCAGAAUCAACGUCUUUGGACACAUCUACAGAAAUAAAAGAGAUACCUGAAAGUCAAACGGUAGAAUUCGCCAAGAUGAAAAAAACUGAACAAAAACUUACUCGUGUUACUCCUACGACACUUAAGGAAGAAAUUGACUUUGUAAAAGAAUCCACUGAAAAGUCAACAGAUGCAGAUAAAACCUCAAUAGAUGUGCAAACAACGACAGGUACAUCUGGAGAAGUAAUAACAAUAACGACAAAAACUGAAUUAACAAAACUACCAACUGGGGAGGAGAAAUUAAUGAAAACUGUUACUGAAAAUACAAAGUAUCCUUCUGGUAAGGAAACAACAUCAACGAGUGUUUCAGAAACAAUACAAUCUGGUAAACCAGAAACGAAAACUGAUGUAUCGGAAAUUAUUAAGCAUUUGGAAGAUUUUGAUUUUGAUGCAACACUAUCAGAUGAAAAAGAUAAAUCUACAUCAACAAAAACUGAAACACGCGUUGGACCUGACGGUGAAGAGAUAACUACUACUACCCUGACAGAAGUUGUUAUAACUCCGGAUGGUGACGAAGUUACGAGAGUUACUGUUACCGAAAAUACAAAAUAUGCCUCCGGUGAUGAAACAGUAUCUACCAAUGUUUCAGAAUCUGUAACAUCAUACCGUCAUGAAACUAUGACUUGUAAAGAAGAAGAAGUUGAACAAGAAACAGAUAAAAUGAAGUUUGAUGAGACAGUGACGUUUGACGAUGAAAGUUGCACAUCCGAUGUUGUGACAAAAACUGGUGACUCAGGCGAAAUGAUAACAAUCACCACUAAAACUAAAAAAAAUAAAACUCCAUCAGGAGAUGAGAUAAUUCAAACUACAAUUACGGAAGUAACCAAAUAUCCCUCUGGCAAACAGACGACCUCGACGAAAGUAUUGGAAUCGGUUAAAUCCCAUAAAGAAACAGAUAUUACCAGUGCGCUUUUAGAACAACUAAUAAGUGAUGACGAACAAUAUAAUAUCCAAGAAAGUGAACCUUGCAAUGAAGAAGAUAAAACAACGUCUACGAAAGUUGAUACAAAAAUUGGUGAUGCGGGAGAGAAAAUAACAAUAACUACGAUUACAGAAGUAUUUAAAACGCCUUCUGGUGAAGAGAUAGAAAAGAUUACAAUAACAGAAACCAUUAAAUAUCCCGACGGCAGAGAAUCCGGUUCAACAAAAGUUUCAGAGCGCAAACGGUCCUCUUUUUCAAGAGAAAUUAAAGUUUCAAGUAAAUCCCAGACAAUCGUUGAUGAAAACGAUAUAGAAGAUGAUCGUCUAAUAGAUGAAUUAGUUAGCAUCCCGGGUACUUCUAAUAAGGAAACGAAAACUAGUUUUGCACACGAGAAAAUAAGAACACAACAAGCAAAAACAAGUGAACCUAAAUUUGAUAUUACUAAAAUAAGAACCGAUACUCUGAGUAAACUUGAAAUUGCCGAAUUGAUGGGUGAUUCUAAAGAAACAAAAAAAUCAAUUCCAAAAGAGUUACCCAUAACAGAUACCCAAGAGAUUACAAAAGAGCAAAUUAAGCCUGUCAUUGAUGAUAUAUUACAAAAAGGAUCUAUUGUAGCAGCGACUCGUAGUCCAACUGUUGAAAAAGAAUUUAAAAGUAAAGAAACAAUAGAAACCGAGAAAAGAACUUAUGACGCUAAAGUUCCCCAUAAAGAAGAACGACGACAUUCUUGUAUAAGCCCAGCCAUAUCAUUGGAAAGAAUUGCUGAAUCUGAAAUUGAAGGCGAAGAAGACAUAAUUAAACCGAAAGCAACCGUUAAAUUCGUUGAAAGUGAAACUAAAAUUGAAUUAAAGAAAUCCGAUUCCGCAAUGAAGCAGAUGGCCGAUAAUAUUGAAAUUAUUAUCAAACAAGCAUCUGAAGAAGUAGAUCUUUCUUCCGAUGAACCCGUUUAUGAAAAAGAAGUUGAGAAAGAAAUCACAAAAGGAGAUGAUAAAAUUGAUGAAACAGAAAUCAGCAAAUCAAAAGAAAAAAUAAUUGAUGAAAUUAAAAAAGAAUUUGUACCCCAAGAAACUAAAAUUCAUAAAGAAAGACCUGCUCUUAUGAAAAGCUUAUCCAGAGAUAGCGGAGAAAUAAUUAUAUUACCAAAGAAAAAGCACGCCAGAACUUUCUCAGUUCAAAGUUCUCCUGACGAAAUUGAAGAACAGAUUUAUACGGAUUCUGAAUCAGAUAUGGACAAAGCUAAAGUAUUAGAAAUUAUUGAGCCUACAUCAGAUGCAGAAGGAAUAAUAAUUCCUACAAGUUUUGAAACAAAACGUACCGACUCUUUAGAUGAUGCAGAUGAUUUUCCGGAAAAGGAGGCUGAAUUUUUUGAAGAAGGAAAACCAGUAGAUCCUGGCGUUUCUUCUGAUGGAGUAAGCAUUGAACGACAAUCUGGGCCUAGCAGUACUAUGCAAAGAGAUCAAGAUUUCGAGAUAAUGCCUCAAAAAUUUGUUAAGAAAACUCACUACGUUGAUAGCAUUUUACGUUCAGAUCUAAUUUCUAAGUCCACGACGGAAUCAUCUGUUACUACAGUUGUAUCAACCUUAACUAAAUCUUCAGAUGACGAUCAAAAGUCUGUAAUAGAAGAAGGAACAUCAGCAGAUUUUUCUAAGAUGAGUGGGGCUGAUUUAAUGAAAGAUUCAUCCAAAACCUCAGUUGACCAUAAGGAUGAAUACAAAGCAGAGGAACAAUUUGAAGAUCGUGCAACACCCGAUUUGUCAAAAAAAUCUCUUGACUUGACCAAAGAUUACUCAAAAUCUUCAAUCGAUAGUAAGGAUACAUCUAGGGACUUUGCUACCAAUGAACUUUCAAAAGAUUCAACAGUGGACUUAACCAAAGAUUUCUCAAAAGUAUCUAUAGAUAGUGUUAAAGAAACUUCACGAUCUAUAGAUGAAAAAACAUUCUCAGAAGAUCAUUCAUCGAUGGACGUAUCGAAAACACUAGCAUCCGAUGCAUCUGAUGGAAUAACUCUCAGUAAAGAAUUUAUUGAAGAAGAGAGGUCGACAUCUAAAAUUGUUCAAAUAGCAUCUAGUUCUUCACAUGUUACUUCAAUGAUGACUGAAAGUAAAUUAUUGAGUGAAUAUGAAGAGAAAACACAAGAUAAAUCAAAGGUCCUUGAUAGUACCGAACAAAGUACAGACCUAAAAUCAGAAUCAGAGAAAAAAAUUGAAACUCAAGGACGGUUGGAAUCUAAAUUAGAUGCAAAGAUUGAUGAAGCCAAGCAGGCUGCUACGGAAGACGUAAAAGAAGGAGAAACAGUGGCAAAGCCUGAUGAAGAGGAAUAUGAAAUCAGGGACAUUAAAGAAUUGAAUAGAAGGUGUUCGAACCUUCUAGAAGAUAUAUCAUCGCAAGGGGCACUUAUUCGUAUUGAUGCAAGUCAUAUAACACAUGAACUAGCAUCGAAACUUUCUAAAACACCGCCGCCUUCCCCGGUGGAUUUAACUAUGAGAGAUAAAGCAAGAGCUGCUGAAAGUAUUGCGGAAAAGCAAUCCGGGCUACAACUUACAGGUUCCGAAACAGUAUAUCUGGAUGCAAGUAGACAAUCACCAAGAGCAUCAUCUGGAGGUGACAGUCAAAUCAGCGAGACAGACGCUCAUCAAAGCGAUAUUUUAACAGAAGCAUCUAAGGUUCUUACCGCUGCCGCCAUGCCAAAAUCACCAUCAAAACAUCUUGCCGACAAUUUGGCAUUUGUAAAUGUCGACAAGCCCACCAUAACCACUGGUGCUAUAGAAUUAGUUGAUCGUACGAUAGAGAAAAGUAUUGAUGUAAUUGAUCAAAUUAAGAAGGAACAACUUGCCGUCAAAAUGGAGGAAAUGCAGAGAUCUACUUCUUCUGAUACUUUCUAUUCAGAAUCGAGAGUAGAGACAUCUACUUCAUCGUCUUCUAUUCAUAAAACAGUAGAAGGGACUCAACUAAAAUUUCAAAACAUAGACCCUGAUGCAGUUAUGUCAGAUAUGAUAGCUAAAUUUGGAACAACCAGUGAAUUCAGUACUGUAGUUUCACAUAAAGAAACUGAGACUAAAAAAAUAUCGGGACAAGAGUUUUUCUCUGAAACGAAGCAGGUAUCAUCUUCCGAUGAUGACUCACUUGUAAUAAAAACAAAAACUAGUCAUGAACUAAGGGGGCAAGAACAUGAAAUCAAAGAAAAAACUGUUAUUCGAAAAGAUGGAGAACAAACUGAAACGUCUCAAAAGAAAAUGGAAAGAGCCCAUGAAGCGACUGCUAAGAGAUCGGAUAUGGAAACAAAAACAGUCUUUAAAAGUACUGAUGAUACGGAUAUAGUUAAAGUUGAGAGAGAAUUUACUGAACAAGGUUUAUAUACGGGAAGACAAACUAAGUCAGAAGAACGCAUGACUGCAUUAAGAGACGAAACAGUGAAGAAAAAAACUGAAGUUAAAAUAUCAGAAAGAGACUUAUCACAUGAACAAUGGGGUAAAGAAUAUUUUACUCAACCUGGUGAAUUAGAAGACAUACAUGAAGUUGAUGACACAAAAACUAAGGUCGCUUUCGUGGACUCUACUUUAAAAAUUGUUGAAAAAGAUGAAGUAGUAUCUAGUGUUGAAGUUUCUGAAAAGGGUAAAGUAAUAAGUUCUAAAGUAGAACAUCACAAAGAAGAAUCUGUAAUCGAAAGUAAAGAACACGAUGACUUGAGUUCUGAUGCAUCACACGCACCAAGUUUCAAGAGUGAAUCUGGUGAGAGACGUGGAUCCACGGAAAGUAGUCCAAAAAGCAAAUCUAAAUCAUUUAAGAAAGAUGACGAAAUUUAUGAAGUUGACUUCAUUAAGGAAAUUAAAGUAUCUACGUCUCCGAUAAAGAGCACUUUUAGCCGUACUGGAAGUCAGGACACGCAUUCUGAAUCGGAAGUUGCACCUGAACUGCCUCAUGACGCUGAUACUCCAAAAAAAGAAAAACUUACUAAAUCUCCUGUAAAAAUUCCUCAGCAACAAUUAGAAGAUCAAGUUUUAGAAUUAUCAGUACAACAAAAAACAGAAGCCUCACUGAAAUCUAGCAUUAUAGAAACCACUGCAAUUAAAAGUUCUGAUACGGGUACUGUUUUAGAAAUAAAGCCCGCGAGCGAUCUUAAGACUGAUAUAUCUACUAAGCCUACUAAGACUGAUGUGUCUCCCGGUCCAAUAGAAAUUUCUGAAGAAAUGAGCACUUCGAAAGACCUAAUGAUAAAAUCUGCCGAUAGCGUAGAUACGGAAUGUAUGAUAAAAUCCUUGGAAUCUCAUGAAGCUGAGAUUUUACAAAAGUCCAUGGACUCUACAGUGAGUGCGGAAACUUUACAUCCAUCAGAGUUUUCAACAGAAGCAGAUUCAGCUUUUCUCACUGGAACCGAUCAUAAAAAAGAAGAAAUGAAGCUUAUCAAAGAAAAAAGUUUGGAAGAUAUAUGUAGCAGUGGUUAUGACACAGACCUCUCAUCUGCUGAAUUCCAUGCAGCAAAACAAGAAAUGGAAAGAGUAGAUUUAGAUUCAGUUACUGUUCCACCUAUAACGGAUCUAUCGGUUUUAGAAAAAACUAUAGAUGAAGUCAAGCAGUCAAUUGAAGCUGCUCAAGUCGAAAUUAUAAGUGAAAAAAGCGAUGGUAGUAUGAAAUAUAAACAGUCGCCAUCUGAAUUCCAAUUCAAAAUACUUAUAAGCCCUGAUAGACCUGAAGUCAUUACUGAGGAGCCUCAGCAUGGAGAUGAUGCUACUAAAAGUGCUCCAACACAAGAAAAAGAUGAAAAAAGUCAAAUAUCUGAUAGCACAUCUCAUAAAGUAAGCUCUCAAGAAGAAACAACAUUGUCUGAUACAGAUAAUAAGGAAACUGUUCAAAUAAAAGAAUCAAGUCCACCUUUAGAUGCCGAUAUAUCAAUUAAAUCAGACAGUGGACCCCAUUCUAUUUUAGAAACUGAAAGUGACAUAAUGUCCGAUAAAGACUUAUCUUCUAAGGGUAGUCCUGAAGUUAAACUAAGAGUUCAAAAACACAUUAAAUCUAAAUUAGGUGUUGCUGAGAGACGCUCAGCCUCAGAAAUUGAAGGUUGGUCAAGUUCCGGAGAAAGCCACUAUCACAGUUUUGAACAUUCAGAAAGUAGGCCGCUAUCGUCGGAUGUUGAAGUUAUGAUGACUGCGCAAAGUGCAACAGAAUUCGAAACAGCUUUAACAAGUCAUGACGUAUCAUCACAAUCUCUCAGAACUUCAAAAGAUUAUUACACAGCAUGCAGUUCUCUUGCAUCUAGAGACAGUAUGAGAAGUUUGGAUUCCGAUGGUUCAAGUCACGUAGCUAGCAUUGAUAUUUCAGAUGCAUCGGAAACAUUAGUACCUUCAGCUCACGAACUCAAAGAAGAGCUAAUGGAAAGUAGUACAUAUGUUGAACAAUUUCUGCAUGAAUCUGAAAAGGAUCUUACAAAGAAAACGAGUGAUGAAGAAGUUUCUGGUGAAGAAGAAGAUUACAAAAGUGACACUGUUGAGCCGGUUGGGAAGAUGAAAAGGUCACAUGAAAUGAGAUUUCAACCCAAAGAUAUGAUACCGGAACACUUUCCGAUAGAAACUACAUCAGAGAGUACUGAAUUUGACGAAGAUUCACUAAAAGAUAAAGAAGGAUCUGAUACAACAAUUUCCAGUCAGCUUAAGACAGAUGAAAUUUUAUCAUCGUCAAUUUCAAAACUUGACAUGUCAUCUUCGCAAUCACAACUUGAUUUGGAUAAAGAGGAAGUACAAGAAUCAAUAACAAAAGUUUCAUCGUAUUCAGAACAGGCUAAACCGUUCUCUGUUACAAAAAUUGAAAGGCCAGAGAGACAAUUUGUUGAUAUUGAAAGUGAAAUAAUACCAGUUGGUUCUGCUGCAUAUCAAGAAAUCGAACAAUUUGGCAGUAUAGUUACUGAAUCCACUACAAAAUCUUCGAAAGAAGAAACAGCUAUUGAAAAGACUAUUAUCCCUGAAGAAACAAGCAUCCCUAAAGUCAAAUCCGAUGAUGUACCUCCACUUGAAAUUAAAGAAGAAUGUAUUAAAAAAACUGUGCAAGAUAUAAGUGUAGUGCCGUUUCCAGUUAUGGAAAGACCCCCGAGUCAAAGAGAAUUUGUUGAUGUAGAAGAAGAAAUUAUACCUGUCGGAUCAAAACAAUAUGAAGAAAUAUUGAAAUCUAAAAGUGAUUCUUCUGUUCCAAAAACUAGUGCUGAGAAAGCAACUGUUAUAUCAGACGAAUCAAAAGCAUUGGAGAGCAAACAAAGCUCAGCUUCAAGUUUAAAAACUCACGAGUAUAUUUCAACGCCACAUACACCUCUAUCCGCGCCUAGUCAAAGCUCUCUUUCUACUGAUAAUGGCCGUGAAUACAUUUUAGAUGAUAUUUAUGAUAUAUCGGAAACACCCGAACUAAAAUCUGACUUAAUCACUGAAAGUAGUAAGUCAGAACUUUUAGUAACAACUGAUGAAAGAACCCUACAUAAUUAUGAAAAGGAACAAGAUUCACCCACAAGUGAUGAAUUUGAAAUGGUUGACAAACCGAGUGAAAUGGACGAUUUUGUUGUGAUUGAGGAGGUAGCAAAAGAAGCUCAAGAAAGCGAUCCUGAAGGUAAAAGCCUGCAGAUAAAGUCACAAAAAUAUGUGGCACGCCAUGAUACUGAAGUAGAAGAGUACUUAUCUAAAACAACUAAGAAACAAGAAAGUGCAAGCAGUACGUCUGGGUCAUCUGACGAUGAUAUGCAAUAUGAAAUGGAACAAAGAAGACUACAAGCUCAGGAAUUAGCCGAAAUUGAAGCUGGUAAACGCUGGAUUCAAAUGCAAUUUGAAGGUGAUCCACGAUAUGAUUAUGAACGAAUUCCACUGGAAGAUAUCAAGGAAGAGGAGAUGACAGAUUUUGAUGCUAGUCGCAUUGGUAGUCUUAGCUCUCAAAAAGAAUCCAUCGGAAGCUACGGCAGUUUUAGAAAUUCGUAUGGAAGUUUAUCGGAAUCAGAAAUGGCUUCUCGUAUGAGAUUUAGAAUCAAAGGGGAAAAUGAUGAUAUUUCUAUUAGUUCACUCCAAGAAUUUGAAAAUCUUGAAAGGGCAUUAAUGGAGCAAUACCAACAAAAUUCAUCAUCUUCUCAAGAUUCCCUUAAUGGCUCUUUACCUCGUCGUUAUAUAUUAAGCAAAAGCCAAGGCGAAGAAAUAGAAAUUUCAAGUCUGAAAGAAUUUGAAGGACUAGAAUCUGCCUGUCUUGAAGCACUUAAAGCUGAACUUCUCGCGAAGCAAAAAGAGGCAUUAUUAUUAGCCGAUCCUAAAGUUGUAAGUGGUAGUUUCUUAGAGCAAGAAAAACGUUCAUAUGACAGCAGCUCCGAUAGUAGUCCACCAAUGAAAAGUGGUAGCCCAAGUCAAAAAUCAGGAAGUCCAUCCCAGAAAAGUGGUAGCCCUUCGCAGAAAGGUGGAGGUAGUCCAUCUCAAAGAGUUGGAAGCUAUGGUAGUCCUUCUCAAAAAUUAUUGGCAGAUUCGGCCGCAAUCAGAAAGCUAAUCGAUCAACAGUUGGCUUUAGAACAACGUAUGCAAGAGGCUCGACCUAAAAUAGUUACAGUAAAAAAAUAUGAUGACAAAGGAGCUUUCUUUGUGCCCGUACCAGAACCUGAAUCUUCAGAAUCAAAGUCAGGAGAAGUAGUUGAAGAAUGUACUAAAUCUUCAUCUUUUGUGUGUGCAUCUGCACCAAGUGAUGGCUCUGCUGAGUCGAUCCCCGGAGAUUGCGAAAAAAUGAUGAAGCUUUUAGAUCAAGAAGAAAAAUCGAAAGAUAAACCUAAAGUUCCAAAAUUGCCGGAAGGUGGUGUUAUAGAAGUUGUAAGAACGACAACUGUAAUACAGCAACGGUUUGUUGAUGGAAAAAAAGUAUCGGAAAAAGUAACUGGGCAAGAGAGUGACGGUGCAGUAGAUAUUCCAGCACGAACAGUGCAAUAUGACGAAAGUUGCAUGUCGUUGGGCUCAGAAAUGUCUUCUUCAUUAGCAUCUCAACCUUCCGAAUUGGAUAGUUUAAUGACUGUAGUUGAAAGGCAGACUACAGAGGGUGAAACAGUAACUUACUCUAGGCAAACUAUAACGGUGUCUGCGGAUAGACCAGAAGAUUUAGAUUUCUCUAGAGAGGGAAGCGCAAUACGUGAGCUAUCGCCCUCCUCCGGGAGGUCUAUAGCUCACAGUAUUGUGUCAGGCAAACAAUUCACAGAUCCGGCUAGCGGCUCUUGGAGUGCACAGGAUGAAGAACUUAGUUCUUCUGGUAGUUUUAGCAGGGCUCGUGCAGACUUGAUGCUCGGCAGCACGGACAGCUUGGAGGCGACCAGCUCGAAUGCCACAAGAGCUACAUAUAAUUACGAAGUGGACACGCCUAUGACAGGAAGCCUUACUUCAGGAGGGUCGAACACCAUGGUCUCCUCCCUUGAUACCCUGGACCCCGUAACUGCUGUACAAAUGGAGAGCCUUGAGCAUCAGUCCACGAGCGAACAUCAUUCACAAUUUGAAGUUCACGAACCUGACUCUGAUACAGAAAGAUUGGAAUUAGACGGCCGUAUCCCCAAAACAAAAGAACGUACAAUAAUGUUCGACAGCACGGACACACUAAGCGCUGUCAGCGGUGAUAAUUCAGUGAAAGAAGCUAUUAUUGAAGCACCAGCUGCUACAUUCUAUAUUGGAGAUACACCUAUCGUUAGAGGAGACCAUCGCGAAGAUGAAGACCAACCUACCACUUUAUCUGGAAGCUGUCCGGCGUCAUUACCACCGACCACUCAAGCGUCCCCGCCCAUUCCUGCUCAAAGAAGAUCAUUAACAAUGCUCGCAAAAUCACCGCACUCAAGUUUAGAAGACACAAUCAAGAAAUAAAUUUUUACUUUCUUUGUACCGUCAUCUUUAUUAAAAGAAAGUCAAAAUUUAUUCUCAAAUACGGAUUCUUAUCAUUUCACUAAAUAAUCUUAUAUCACUUCGGUAUUAAUGCUUGAAAUCAUGUUCUUUACGGUUUUAUCAAAUUGAUCUUUUUAUUUAACGAAAAAAAGAUGAAUAUUUUUUUAUUUAAAUUUGUAAUUGAUAAAUUGAGAUGAUUGACGAGAAAUGAACUAUAUCAAAUAGGAUAUUGGUUAAGGAUUUUACUAUGUAUUUUUAAUGCAAGCUUUUGCCAUGAUAUAGAGUCUGGCCAGCCAAAGCUGAACCCAGUAUUUUUGUAGCGGCCACACUAUUUGGAAUGUCAUCAUGGCGUUUCUGCGUAGUUAGUUGUCAGUUUUGUUGAAAACGGUUCAAAUCAUUUGCUUUAAUAACGUUUAAAUCCUGCUGUGUUGUGUACCUAAUAUACUAUGAUCAUUACCUUUAUGAAUUUCAAAAGUAUCAAAAUGUUUUUUUCCUACUGAAGCCGAUGUUACCAGGUCCAUAUUUUUUAAAUUUGCCGCUCUUUACUGGGUUCAGCUUUGGCUGGCCAGACUCUAACGACACUUAAAGGACUUACUCUUUUGGGACAAUCCGUCACUGAGACUAUAAUCAAAUUCCGUAAUGAAUUUGACCUACUAUUUUAAUGUGUAAUCAAUAAUACAAGUUAUUACACCCAAGUUUUGAUCCCAAUGUUUAGCCAUAUUAGUAGAUGUUUGACAUGUAUUUCGUUAAAUGUACUAGACUAAUAUUUUGGUACUAACUUUUGUACUGUGGUUGGCCGACUGUCCAUGUAACUUCGACCUAAGUCUAGUGGUCCAGAUCGACGUUUUGGUAUGAUAGGUGCCCUUUUUGGAGCUAUCUGUACAUUCUUAUUGUUGUAUGUAUAUACUUUGUACAUUUCGUUAUUUAUUCACUUAUAUUUAUUUAGUCACAAGAAAUGUUUCUGCUAUAACU